GGAAAAACACACCCACACACAACUCCUCCUUGCUAAGGCCUGCGCUGGAAGCAGAAACUGAAUUCUCCUGGCCUGCCGCGCGCGCGGAGACCCGCGUCCUGCCCCCACCCCAGCCUUUGGAAGGAGACCCAAGGGUUUGGGACGUCUCAGACAGGGAGACAGACAGACAGACAGACAGGCAAACCGCAUCUCCGGAGGCAGACUGACUCACAACAUGAGUGGCGCUGGGCAGAAACCUAGAAGGCUCGGUCUCUCGGGCUUGGUCCAAUCCCGCCUCGGGAAGCGCCUUCAUUACCUGCUGCUCCGCUCCCCACGGCCACAGAUGCAGGGCAGCCGCCUCCCGCCCGGGGAGGGAAGCCCCGGCCGCCGCCGCCGCUGCUGCCCGCCCUCCUUCCCUCCCUCCCUCCGUCUCGUCCUCCCUCCCUCUUUCCCUCCCUCGCGCGCUGCCGCUCACGGGGCCCUCCCGCGGGCAACCUGUUCUGGACCAGAUCCAGGUAUCUCCGAAAGAGUGAAAAAAGAAAAGGCCUCUUAUGUGCAAAGGAAAGAAAGACCCUUAACUGCAUUUAUUUUUCAUGCUCCGAGCCUGGGCCGGCCUCGGGUUCCCACGUCCCGGCCACGGCCCUGCCCCCGCAGAGGUGUGCGGGGCCUGCCGCCUCGCCCACUCGGACCGCCGCGCCCCACGCCCCGCGCGCUGCACACUCUCGGCCGCCGACCCGCGGCAGCCCAAACGCCACCCAGACCUCAGGGUCCUGCCCACAUCCGGUUGUCCGCCUCGCGCGGGCCUCCGCCCAGGAGCCCGCUCCGCUCCGUCCGCGACCAAAGUCCACGCUCGAUCCACCUUGUCUGUGCUUUCGCGCCGGGCCGGACAGCCCUGCCCGCCGAGGCGCCCACCGGGGCGCACUCGGGCUGCGGUCCUGCUCGAGACCCACACAAAGCCCCGUCCGCUGCCCCCAGUCCCAGCUGCCGCUGCCCUUCACCUGUUUCCGAAAAGGGCUGCAUCCCCGCCUCGAGGCCAAGCCGUGGGCCUCAGCGGAGGGUGCUGAGGAGCCGAGGUCCCAGGGAAGUCACACAGCAUCGGCUGGGCUGAGCCAGAGCCCCCGCAGCCGGCGAGAUAUCUCAGAGACCAGGGCUCUCCUUGGUGAGCUCUUGCCUUUUCCUCCUUCUCCCACAAGUCUGAAACACUUACAUGCGGAGAGUUCAGCUCUAUAAAUCCUGCUCCUCUUUCUCAUAUCAUAAUUAAAAAAAACCAGUAGGGGAGGUUUUAACUUUUAUUGCGAUUUCUGGAGUUGGGCUGCAGAGCAUAUAUUAAGUUUACGCUUAUGCGCUCUCUGCGGGGAGGGUCCUUUAAGAAAUAAAAAUCCAUCUUAAUAUCCGCAGACGAGAGAGAUAAUUUUUUCCCUCCUCU